UACAAUAGAAGACUUUCUGCAAUGCGAUAAGAACUUCAUGCCUAUAAGGUACUCUUACUCGGACAUCAAGAAGAUGACUCGCAAGUUUAAGGAUAAGUUGGGCGAAGGAGGCUAUGGCUCAGUAUUUAAAGGAAAGUUACGCAGCGGCCGUUUUGUAGCAAUUAAAGUUCUGGGCAAACCCAAAGCCAAUGGCCAAGAUUUCAUUAGUGAAAUAGCUACCAUUGGAAGGAUUCACCAUGUCAAUGUGAUGCGACUCGUUGGUUAUUAUGUUGAGGGAUCAAAGCGUGCUCAAGUAUAUGAGUUCAUGGCUAAUGGCUCUCUUGAUAAAUACAUUUAUUCCAAAGAAGGAAGUAUCCCUUUGUCUAUCAACAAAAUGUAUGAGAUUUCUCUUGGAGUGGCUCAAGGGAUUGAGUAUCUACAUCAAGGUUGCGCAGUGCAAAUUCUCCAUUUCGAUAUCAAGCCUCAUAUUAUUCUUCUUGAUGAGAACUUCAAAGCAAAGGUUUCUGACUUUGGGCUAGCAAAGUUGUAUCAUGUGGAUAAUAGCAUUGUCACGUUGACGGCAGCGAGGGCGACAAUGAGAGAUAUUGCUCCUGAAUUGUUCUACAAAAAUAUUGGAGACGUCUCACACAAGGCCGAUGUCUAUAGUUUCGAAAUAUUGUUGAUGGAAAUGGCAAGCAGAAGGAAGAAUUUGAAUACAACGAUAGAGCAUUCAAGCCAAAUCUACUUCCCACUGUGGGUAUACGAUCAGUAUAAUGUGGGAAAUGACUUGGAGAUGGACAAUGUAACAGAGGAGGAAAACAAUGUAAUCAGAAAGAUGGUUAUAAUCGCCUUGUGGUACAUUCGAAUAAAACCAACCGAUCGCCCUUCGAUGCACAAAGUCAUCAAGCUGCUUGGAGGAGAUGUUAAAUGUCUGCAAAUGCCCCCCAGGCCUUCUCUAUGCCCACAAGAGACUCAUGUGGCUGUGGGUGAUAUUCAAGACCCAAUAUGUUCUAACGUAGAGCUAACAUGUUCUUUGUCAGCUAGGUGA